AUGGUAUCAGCAUUGUUUCCUGUGGAAAAAAAUUAUGACGGCUUUGCCUCUAGGUUGGUUGUAACAUUUAGCUAUGCUACCAGCAUACAUGAAAGAACCAUAAGUCUCAGUGUGCAAGAGCUCCCAAGUAGUGCUGAAGGAUGGAAAAAAGUAGCAGAUGAGAGCUACAUCAUGUGGAAUUCUCAUUUGUGCUUAGGAGCUUUAGAUGGCAAACAUGUUGAUUUUGCGGCUCCCAAAAAGAAAUCAGUGUCAAAAAGGCAAUUGACGGAAGCAUUCUGAACUUUCCAGAAGAUUCAUUUCUGCCAAACAGUGAUAUCAAGAUUCCAUAUGUGAUGGUCUGUGAUGAUGCCUUCCAACUGGCUUAUCCUCAACAUGUAUUAUUCAAUGAAAAACGAAUUUUCAACUAUUAUCUAUCUAGAACAAGAUGAACAGUUGAGAAUGCUUUUAAAAUCUUGGAAUAAUAAAUUUAGAUCCAUAAAAAGGUUGAGACAAUAACACUUGUGCUCUGCAUAAUUUUCUCACAACACAUUAUACAGAAAUGGAUAAUGAAAGCUAUAACUUAGAUCAUCUUUUUCAACAAGAACGAACAAGAUAUGAUUGUGAAGCUGUUGAAAUUAGAAACCUGGUAUUCAGAUAUUUCAGUACUACUGGAGAAGUAUCUUUUCAAAAUAGGGUUAUAGGAGUUUGAAGAAUAAAGUACAUAAAUUUUGUCUUUUUUUAUUGCAUCUCUUAACAAUUUCUGUAUCUCUAAAUAAACAUCUUGCUUAAUAUCCUC